AUGAAGCUCUCCGGCGUCUUUGUGCACCUCUCGACGCUGCUCGUCGUGGCGCUCGCCAUCGAGGCGGCGCCCAACAGUGGCAAGAACUCGAAGCGCGCCUCGGGCCCCAACGUCAUCCAGCUCAUCUCGGACGGCUUUGGCCCGGCCUCGGAGACCUUCACGCGCUCCUACCUCCAGUCCAAGGACAAGACCAACUGGACCGUCGAGCUGCCCCUCGACAAGUUCCUCGUCGGCAACGUCCGCACCCGCUCCACCGACUCGCUCGUCACCGACUCGGCUGCCAGCGCCACCGCCUACUCGUGCGGCCUCAAGUCGGUCAACGCCUACAUCGGUGUCGACACCGAGAAGAAGCCCUGCGGCACCGUCCUCGAGGCGGCCAAGGCCAAGGGCUACAACGUCGCCCUCGUCUCGACCUCGCGCAUCACCCACGCCACCCCCGCCUCGUACUCGGCCCACGUCGACGACCGUGACGCCGAGGACGAGAUCGCCAACCAGCAGAUUGGCAACUACCUCCUCGGAAAGCAGGUCGACAUUCUCUGGGGUGGAGGACGCCGCCACUUCCUUCCCAACACCACCAGCCCCGGUAUCCGCACCGACGGCAAGGACCUCGUCGCCCAGGCCAAGUCCGAGGGCUGGACCUACGUCUCCAACAAGAUGGAGUUCGACACCUUCCAGGGCGGCAAGAACGUCAGCUUCCCCUCGCUCGGCCUCUUCACCGCCUCGCACAUGUCGUACGAGAUUGACAGGAACGCCACCGAGGAGCCCUCGCUCAAGGAGAUGGCCCUCACCGCCCUCACGGCCCUUGCCCAGGCCGACGCGCCCUACUUUAUCAUGAUCGAGGGCGCCCGUAUCGACCACGCCGCCCACAACAACGACCCCAUCGGCCACGUCCACGACAUCCUCGCCUACAACGAGAUGGUCGAGGCCGUCACCGAGUGGAUGGACGAGCAGGCCAAGCAGGACGCCGAGGACGAGACCGUCCUCUUCUCGGUUGCCGACCACGAGUGCGGCGGCCUCACCCUCGGCCUCGAGAGGCGCGAGGACGAGGAGGCCUUCUACGGCUGGUUCCCCGACGUGCUGUUCAACGCCACCCACUCGACCGAGUACCUCGCCGGCCAGAUCGGCAAGUACAUGAAGGCCAACAACAUCACCACCGGCACCCCGGCCCUGUUUGACUACAUCAAGAACGAGGUCGUCAUCAAGUCGCUCGGCGUCGCCGACGUCCAGGACGACGAGGUGCAGCGCGCCGUCGACCUGGCCGCCCUCGGCUCCGACGCCGCCGUCCCGCUGACCGUGUGGCUCUCGUCGAUCCUCAACUGGCGCGCCCACCUCGGCUGGUCGACGACGGGCCACAGCGGCGUCGACGUCAACCUCUACUUCCACGAGUCGCCGCUGGCGUCCAAGAACAAGAAGAAGGUCUCGGCCUACCGCUCGCGCCGCGACAGCGUCACGGGCUCGCACGAGAACACGUGGAUCGGCCAGUGGAUCGCAAAGUACCUCGACCUCGACCUGCAGUCGAUCACCAAGAAGCUCAACAACGGCUCCGACUACAGCUGGGCCAACAACUGGUCCGACCGCCUCAACACCUUCACCGAGAACCUCGAGCACUACCACGGCGGCCUCGCCCGCGUCAUCCCGCCCAACCCGGCCUCGGUCGAGGCCAUUGGCAAGGGAAAGCGCUCCGAGCUCGCCAGCCUGCCCGAGUCGUACCUCGAGAACGAGCACAUCCUCCGCUCCAUCCACGGACCCAGGAAGCACCUCUCGACGGCCGAGGAGAGGAGCCACGCCAACGCCAGGCGCCAGGAGCUCUAG